CACAGCAGGCCGACCUGAGCACUUUCCCAAUAGACGCCUCGACGACUAGUUCAGUGGCCUAUUCACCAAUUGUACUGACGGCCAAUGUCCAAUUCGUGAUUGUUCGUUCGCGACCUCGGCUGGAUGCACUCUUCAUCGUCUCACCCUUUGACCUGACCAUCUGGAUCGCAAUUCUGGCCACCUUUCUCCUCUUCAGCCUGAGCCUCGUCUGCUUCACCUGCGUCUACAGCCGAGAGCUGAGAGUACCUCCGGCCGAUGCUCACCUGAGCUCCGACGAUGAAGCCCUGCAGUUGGAGGAUAAGAGGGAGCAGAAGGAGGAAGAUGAGAAGCGGGUGACAUUCGUGCCUCUUGACGAUCAGAGUGACCCCUACUGGACUGUCGGCAGCCGGGACUCAGACGAGGACUCGGUGGCAGAAGAGAUUAAAGAAGAGCGACUCGGACCGGCUAGGCCUCGAUUGCCU